GCCUUUCCUGUAUAGACGAUCUUUGCCUGGAAGAGCUGGCACGUGCAAAAGGGCGGUGCUCACCGUGACUCCCACCGUCCUCCUCCGCAGCAUCACGUUUUUUUCCCCUCCACAGAUUGUGUUUGCUAAAAGCCGAAAUAUCGCUGCAGAUUGGCUGAGACAACGUGAAUGUAGGUCAGGAGCUGCUUGUGCAAACACGAGCAUCGUAAAAUAGCUCAAAUGUGCCCAAAACUGAAGUGUCCUUACAGAAGGCACGGCAGCCACCUAGAGAACUGAAUUUAGGUCACGUAGCUUACUCUUUGGAGGGUCGGGUGGGAUGUUUUUAUUCACAACCUUUUCAUCAUCUUGAUAGUGACAGCUGGGAGAAUGAAUCCAGCUGUGCCCAGGGCUUUCAUCACCUACCAACUCCUCCAUGACAAACUCAGAUGUUGACAGCUACAUUGACACUCAAACAUCGCCACUAGCCCACUGACUCCCAUCUUGUGGCUGAACAAGUAUUGCAGCUUUUUCCACUUUGACAGUUACCAUAGUGAUGAGGACCAUCAGGGAUGGUGAUUUGUUUCCCCUGCCAGGAGAGACUUUGGACCUGCGGCCGUCUUACCCAGCCUCGUUCUCUUGGCUCCUGGUAUUCCCUCAUCAGCAUCCGUCACACCUCUCUGUGGCCCGACAGCGCAGAGGCCAGCAGCUGACUCGGGCUGAAUGGCACCAGCCCAUUUCAAACUCACCAUAGGCCCCUGAUGAAGACGCAGGAAGAAGAAACAGCGAGACAGUCAGACAGAAGUCACCUGAACCACCAGCAGCACUUUUCACCAUGGCAACCAAUAGGGAGCACCAAGUGCGUCACAUGACUGGCUUCCCCCGUGCUAUGUACCCGUUCACCUUUAACUCCAUGCGGAGCCACUCCCCCUUUGACCUGCUGGCCAGCAGCAACCUCUUCGGUCGGUUUGGGGCAGACCUUCCUAAAGAGAUGGCUGCACUGUCGGUGGAGACCCAGAGCACCAGCUCAGAAGAGAUGGUGCCCAGCUCCCCAUCUCCUCCUCCUCCUCCUCGUGUCUACAAGCCAUGCUUCGUAUGCCAGGACAAGUCAUCCGGCUAUCACUAUGGAGUGAGCUCCUGCGAGGGCUGCAAGGGUUUUUUCCGGCGCAGUAUCCAAAAGAACAUGGUGUACACCUGCCACCGAGACAAGAACUGUCAAAUCAACAAAGUGACCCGCAACCGCUGUCAGUACUGUAGGCUGCAGAAGUGCUUUGAGGUUGGCAUGUCCAAAGAGGCAGUGCGUAAUGACAGGAACAAAAAGAAGAAGGAUGUAAAGGAGGAGGUGGUGCUGCCAGAGAACUACGAGCUGAGCGGAGAACUGGAAGAGCUGGUGAACAAAGUCAGCAAAGCACACCAAGAGACGUUUCCAUCUCUGUGCCAACUAGGAAAAUACACCACAAAUUCAAGUGCUGACCACAGAGUACAGCUGGACUUGGGCCUGUGGGAUAAGUUCAGUGAGCUCUCCACUAAGUGCAUUAUAAAGAUUGUGGAGUUUGCCAAGCGGCUACCAGGCUUCACUACGCUCACCAUCGCUGACCAGAUCACCCUCCUCAAAUCUGCAUGUCUGGACAUCCUGAUGCUGAGGAUAUGCACUCGCUACACCCCAGAACAAGACACAAUGACCUUCUCAGAUGGCCUGACUCUCAACAGAACCCAGAUGCAUAACGCUGGCUUUGGCCCACUCACAGACCUGGUGUUUGCCUUCGCUGGUCAGCUGCUGCCUUUGGAGAUGGACGACACAGAAACGGGCCUCCUCAGUGCCAUCUGCCUCAUCUGCGGAGAUCGUAUGGACCUGGAAGAGCCCCAGAAGGUAGACAAGCUGCAGGAGCCUCUGCUAGAAGCUCUGAAGAUUUACACCCGUCGCCGACGCCCAAACAAGCCUCACAUGUUUCCCCGCAUGCUGAUGAAAGUCACAGACCUUAGAGGAAUCAGCACCAAAGGUGCAGAAAGAGCCAUCACACUAAAGACUGAGAUCCCCGGCCCCAUGCCUCCACUGAUCAGGGAGAUGCUAGAAAACCCAGAGGCCUUUGAGGACAGCAGUGACUCGGGGGACAGUGCCGCCGCCGCUGCUCCUCCCGCCAUUCAGGCCAUCAAGCAAGAAGAGAAGGCCACAUAUGAGUCGACUGUCGAGGAGGAAGAGGAGGAGGAGGACGACGACUACUGGGAUGAGGAGAAAGAGCGAGGGGCGGACAGUGAUGGGGAGGUCUGUGGGGAGGCGUCGGCAUCGGCGGCCGUGCAAAAGAAAGGUGUGACUGGGAAAACACAGUGAGAGAGACACACAAUGACGCUGCCUCCUCCUCCAGAUCAAUGAGCUCACUCCUAGCAAUAUCUCCUCCCAGAAACCUCACAGAAUUAGGCUCUUAUACAACAUGCAUAUAGUCCAUAUUUACAUAAACUGUACAUGUGGACUAAAAGGAAAAUGUGUUCAGAUCAGAACAGGAGGAAAGGAAUGGGAGAAGCAAAAGCACUAAAUGUCAGCAGGUUGAGGAGAGCGCCAUGAAAAGUCACUGUGCCAAAACGAGACUGUCUAAAAGAUAUUUCAAAAGUGUUUCGUCCACGCAAAGAGGAACAAGAGGCGGUGGACAGAAGGAAAUGCACUCCUCCGCUAUAUAAGGGCUAUGCUUUGUAUAAAAUUGAUGGUAAAAAAACACGGCAACAUCAGAACUCUACGUGGUGUCUAUUUGCCGCAGAACGUCUGCUCAGAAUUCCUUUUAUUACCAUUCAAAGAUACGCUACUUAUUUUUUUAUUGUAUGGUUUUUAAGCAUGUACACGUUUCUGUUCUGUCUUUAUGCCUGUUUGUGGGACUCUGUGUUGCUUUUUGUGUAUUUUCGCUCAGUCCUGCUCACAUUUGACUGGACGUUUUUUUAAGCUUUAAUUUUAUGCAUUUCUGCUUUAUUUGACACAGUGAAGAGCAAUUUAGCAAGAAAGGAAAGAAAGCAAUAUCAAAGAGAGAGCAGGUCAUGAGCAGGACUCAAGCACAUGGUAUGUAUGUUAGCCUUCCAGUUCGUGAAAGUCUUGGGGUUAAAACAUCUGAAAGCAAAUAAGAGCGAGAGAUUCUUGUAAUUUUAACAUCCAAAUAAGAUUCUAACAAACAACGUAAACCAAACGCAGUAAAAGACCUCCACCUCUGGACAAAAAUACAAUAAUCCACUAAUACUUGGACUAAAGAAUCUGCAGGGUAGAUUUAAUGUCACCACGUAAUCUCAGGUCAAUUCAAUCAGGGCCAUGUCUCACCUGUCAAUACAGUAUUUUCUGAGAUAAGAAUGUUAAACUGUUGAAUGGUGCCGUUGUCAUGAAUGGAGCGACAUAACAGGGCAACAUAGCAAAGGUGCAGGUAAGCAGGUAAGAUGUGAUUUUGUAGGAGAGAGCAAAGAAUCAUAUAACAAACAGACACAACCCUCAAAAGCAGAAAACCUCAGGUGUGUAUGUGUGUGUGUGUGUGUGUGUGUGUGUGUGUGUGUGUGUGUGUGUGUGACUGCCUGACAAAGAGCAUUUACCAAUCGACAGGGUGUAAUGUUACCAUCAGUACUGCAACCAUCCACAGAAGCCCCGUUAUUAGUAUGUGACAGAUGCAAAUCAAAUGGGUGUCGUAGCAAAAAAAAAAAGAAAUCACUCACCCAAAGACAUCUGGUGGACAGCAGGACAUUGAUGCCAAUGCAAGCUGACCAAGAAUCACAUGAUCAGUUUUAACUCACAGCAAUAAAUAAAUAAUAAUAAUGAUCAAUUUCACUUCACAUAUCUGAGGUUGCAGCCGUUCAACAUAAUCCACACGAAACAAAACAAAUGCUUUAUAUUGUGUGACGUGUCUGCUGAAGCACAUAGUUUCAAAUGAUGCAUUUUCAUGUGUGCUGUAUCAAAUGAUGCGAAACAUAAAUGGAUUUUGUAAAAUAAAUACUUAUAAUUUGU